AUGUCAUCCAUUGCUUCUUCGCAGAUCACCCGCGAGUACUACAAGUCCGGCUACUGGGCCAUCCUCCAGACCCCGAAGCACAUUCUCAACGCCGUGGUUCUGCACCUGGUCGCUCGGGCCCUGCGGUGGCACAUCGACCGAAUGCUCGGGGUCAACUUCGCGGCAGGAGACGAGGGGAUGAACAGCUGGCGAGUUGAGUACGGAAUGCUGGGCCCUCGUCUUGGUCAUGGCAUCUUAGCGCAUUCCCGCAAUUUCCGCCGACCGAGAGCAAGCAUGCGCUCAAUCCAACCCAGCUCCAAAACGCCAUGA